AUGCAUCCUGCUACUAAACCUGAAGAUUCAAGUCAUCGAGUCCCAAUCGGCAUAAAUAUUUUGACAGGUGGUUUAGCAGGAUGUGUUGCAAAGACAACAAUUGCUCCACUCGACAGAGCCAAGAUAAAUUUUCAGUCUACUCGAAUGCCGUUUAAUGUGCGGAGUCUUAUUCAGUUUCUUAAAAACACUUACCAAGAACAAGGAUUUAUGUGCUUAUGGCGUGGUCACACUGCAACUCUUGCCAGAAUUUUUCCUUAUUCUGCUAUUCAGUACUCUGCUCAUGAUCAUUACAAACAUUUACUUGGGAUUAGUUCAACUUGCCAUUCAGAAAUUUCGUAUAUACGUUUACGACGAUUUCUCGCUGGUGUUGGAGCUGGGACAACAUCGGUUACCUGUACAUACCCACUUGAUGUUGCCAGAGCACGUAUGGCAGUUACAACUGCCUCCAAAUAUUCUAGUCUUUUUCAUGCUAUACGAGCUCUUUAUACAGAAGAAGGAUUAAGUGCAUUGUAUCGUGGUUUUUCCCCUGCUCUCCUCGGUAUUAUCCCAUAUGCUGGGACAGCUUUCUUUACAUUUGAAACAUUGAAAGAAACUUGUUUAGACAGAAACAAAGAUCCCAUUACUGGUAAACGACCUAAAAAACUGUAUCCAUUUGAAAAUUUAUGUUGUGGUGCAGUGGCCGGAAUUUUGGGACAAACUGCUUCUUAUCCACUAGAUAUUGUUAGACGAAGAAUGCAAACUGCUAAUAUUACAGGUCAUCCAGAAUAUAUAGAGAGUGUAUAUAAAACAUUACGAUAUAUAUAUAAAGAUGAAGGUUUAAUUCAUGGAUUAUAUAAAGGUUUAUCAGUGAAUUGGAUUAAAGGGCCAGUAGCUUCAGGUAUUAGUUUCACUGUUUAUCAUCAAUUUCAACAUUUACUUCAUCAAUGGAUAAUAAUUGAUGAAUAACUGUUCUUCUUUUCAUCAUUGAUAAUUAUCACAUUUUUUUCGUUUUCAUCUAUUUAUUAAACAAUAACCAA